AUGUAUUCCACAUCCACCGUUGUCAUCCUCGGACUGGCAUCACUCACCAGCGGACACAUGAUCAUGAAUACCCCUGUCCCAUACGGCAAAUCCACUCUCAAUAACUCUCCACUCCUCGCAGACGGUACCGAUUUCCCUUGCAAACAGCGUCCGGGAGUGUAUGAUGCGGAGGGAGCCAACAACAUGAUGGCUCUUGGGUCAUCCCAAGAGCUUGCCUUUACAGGCAGCGCCACUCACGGAGGUGGUUCGUGCCAAGUCUCGAUCACCUACGACAAAGACCCGACCAAAUCCAGCGUCUUCAAGGUGAUUCACUCCAUUGAAGGAGGUUGCCCAAUCAAGGGUGUGGCUGGAAAUAACGGAGAUGAUGCCAACGCUGUGGAUCCAGACACCUACACCUUCACCAUACCAUCAGCCCUUCCAACGGGAUCCGCUACUCUGGCCUGGACAUGGUUCAAUAAAAUUGGCAACCGCGAGAUGUACAUGAACUGUGCUCCGAUCACCAUAACAGCGGCAGCCUCUAAGCGCAGUGAUGAAGGCAAUGUCACUCAACUCAUGGAGCGCGAUGCCGCAACAUACAACGCCCUUCCUAAUAUGUUCGUUGCUAACAUUGGUAAUGGAUGUACUACCCAAGACUCGACCGAUCUUGAGUUUCCCGAUCCUGGAGACUCGCUAGAUUUAUUUGGAACGGCCACGGCGACCCCUUCACCAGCAACCGGCACGGGAUGUGCAACCGCGACGGUAGCCACUGGUUCACCAGGAGUCUCCUCGGACUCUCCUCCUGUGGCAACAUCGGCUUCAACUUCAGCCCCGUCAUCAGCUUUGACAUCUGCCUCCCAGGUAGUCUCUUCGACUCCUCAAGGGUUAGAUGGAGUGUUUGCCACUGUCAUAUCCCAACCUUCGGCAGCAAGUCCCGCUCCCACAGUCUCUUCAACUAAGCCCGCAGGCCCAGUCGCUUCGUCAAUCAACAGCACUGCUUACCCUUCCACCACUUCCACCCCUUCUACCUCUUCUAUCCCACUCAGCACAGGCACCUCGAGCUCAGGCCCAGGACUAGCCCUUACCGGAGCUUGCUCAACAGAGGGGAUGUGGAGCUGCAUCAAAGGAAGCUCUUUCCAGCAAUGCGCCAGCGGAACCUGGUCUGUCGUCCAACCACUCGCUGCAGGCACCUCAUGCACACCUGGACAAUCCAACGACAUUGACAUUGCU